CUGGCUCUAAGCUUCGCACCAUCUCUCAGGGAGGCCUACCUAUCGACUACAGCCGCUUUGACCAGCAGGAGAUAUCGACUCAUCUGACGAUGAAUGACCUUCGAAUGUCGGCUGAGUGCCGAGAGCCGCUAUGGGCUGCGAGUGGAGCAAGAGAGAACCUGAGGGGAGACAUCCGAAGAGCGAGGAGGACUGGGAUGCUUUGAAAAGGGUGGUGAAGGCCAUUGAUUCGAUUGACGAUGAGCUGCCGUGCAUCCUUGACACCGGAAGCCUCUGGAUGAAGCACAUACAUCUUCUCGACGCCGUACUCAACGAAGACGGGGUGGGUACACACACACACGCAUGAGCACAUGCGCCUACACAAAAACAACGCACGUGGUCCUGGGUCCGUGCGUCUGUGUGUGCAGACGAUCAAGGAUAGGUAUCGGAGGGCGUUCAUCGAGAGGUGUGGCAUGAUGUCCUUGCGGAGAGCGCGGAAAUUCAGAGAGAAGCUGCUGCGCGAGUGGGGCGGGGCGGCCCGCCUCAGGUGAGUGACGGACUGACACCCGCUGAAUGAACACCACUCGUGUGUGUGUGCGUGUGUGUGUGUGUGUGUCAGGAGGCUUGAAGCACUGGGGAGCCGCCUGCUGCCACCCGUUGAGCAAACAUCGCCAUCAGGCGGGCAGCAACUGACGGAUCCCCUGCUGCACAGGAAGUAGUGAUUGCAUCGGCAGGUUGGCAGACAGGAGGGAGAGAAGCAGGAAGCCACGACAGGAGGUGUGCGCUCGGGAUGCUUAUGUGUAUGCAGACGGCGCCAGCAGCCCCAUCGUCUGUCGUGUGAGGCUCAGGUCGCCCAACGUCCGCGGCAGCUACCGGCUGUUCCUGCUCACCGACAAGGCGACGUCCCCCUUCCUGGCGUAUUCCCACGUGCUGCGCGAGGAGGGGGCCGACAGCGUGUCGGUGUCGGUGGGCGCCUUCUGCGACGAGGGUGCCCCGUACGACGCCACGCGGGAGCUGUUUGUGCGGUGUGUGGGCGCCGAGAUGGGUAUGCGCCUGUGUGAGGAGAUCGACGGAUGAAGACGCUGCAGCAGUGCCGAGAGAUAGGCCGCAAGACGUUUAUCGUCAGGUGUGUAGAGUAGCCAGCCUCUGUAGCUCUGUAGGUGGUCUGUGUAGCAUGGGUCCUUUUCUGUUGGACGGACAGAUGCGAUGCUGUCGUGAUACAUUGCGAGUGGAUUCAUUUGCCAUCCAUCCAUUGUGCGUGAUCGAUUCAAUC